AAAAAGCGUUAAAGAAAGUGGAUCUCUUGAAGUACACCUUUAGCCAGUGGUCACCAGCCUUUUCCAGCUCAAGCUUCUUGGGCUGGAAAAUGCCAAAAAACAAAACAAGGUAUACUUGCGUCAUCUAGGUUUUUUUUUCAUGAUGUGCCUAGGGCCAAUAACCAUCGAGUCAUGGACCACAGAUGGUCCCUGUGCUGCACCUUCGGCACCCUUACUGUAGAAGAUAACUGUUUAUGACCACAAUACUGUACUAUAUUUGUUCAUCCCAUGGUCACAUACAGGAUGCGAGUCACAUGGUUGUCUUAAGUCGGCGCCGGAAGUAGUAAAAACAGCUGUUCAGCUGGCGGGUAUUUCCUGUGUGAUAAAUGAGGGAAUCAAUAGAGAAGUUCUUAUUUAGCUUCUGCCUUAUUUUAUCAUGUACUGUAUUACUACCUUUGAACAAGUCAAUGUUUCCUUUUGUAUUUAUAACUCAACACAAAAUUUUGAGCAAUGUUCACGGACUGUAGCAUUUGGCUUGUUCACUUCCCGUCGCAGGCGAGCGAGGAUGGUCAUGGUUGAGGGAAGAGUUGUUUGAUAUUGGGUGCUAGAAAAGGUCUGAUUUGUUGCAACAAUCACCCUAAUGCAUUGUUGCAGCUCGAGGAUUUUUGAGCAGGUCAUACAAAGCAUGUUUGCGAGACGAGCGGGUGAACUGUGCCGCUGUGCUCGAGGAGCUCUGUCCGAGAUGUCAAGAGCCGCGGGAUGAGAGGCUGAAGAGAGAGAGGCGAGGCGUGCGGGCGUGUUCAGGGGUUAAAAUGCGUGCCUAUUGGAAAGUCUGUUGGUCACUCUCCGGGUGGGCGUGUCACUGAUAUCAUAUUAGUACAUAUUUAUUUUUCUAAUAUUUUUGUGAUCGACUGGUAGGGUUCUAAAAAACGACUGGUCGAUCGCGAUCGACGUGUUGUUGACCCCUGCCUUUGGCGAAUAGUGUAUUUUCUUAGUUAGUUAGGAUCCCUCAGAUGUUUCUUCUCUCCUCUCCAACAUUUCCCCCAGCUUUAUCAGGGCCGUGGUGCCUUCUAACCAUCUUCUUUCUCCACUCCUUUCUUUUCCUCAUCUUGUGGCGCCUCCUUCCAGCCUUAAAGCAGGCGGACAGCGAGGGGACACUGAACAGGGCCGACAGUUUGGGCUCGGCAGGGGGCAGCAGUACGCUCGCGUCCUCCGUCAUCGAGGUGCAGUCUGAGCAGGCCGAGAAGCACCACGAGCAGGAAGAAAAGAAGGAUGCAACAAAAAGCUUAGAAUUUGGUAUGGAGGAAGAUGACGAUGAGGAGUUAGCCGCCCUCUGUGCUCUUCCUGCUUUGUCCAUCACGGAGGAGAUCCUGGAGUUCAUCAACCAGAGCCGAGCGAGGGAGGAACUGGUCUCAAAGGAGCAGGGUCUGGACCAGGUCCCUGAGAUCCAACCUACAACUCAUGAGAGGAAUUUCACCUGCCCGUUGCCCCCUGUGGCCUGCAGCCCAGAACAGAUGUUCACAAUGCAACCCCAUCAGGAGGACGACACAAGCGUUGUAAAGCAGCUUACUGGCUCUGAAAAUGGACUUGAAAGAGAAAGUGGUACCACGGUCUAUGAAGAAGAGGAACAAGAGAUGGCUCCAGAGGCCAAGGUGGAAAGCGAGAUAGAUCUUAAGGCAAUGACAGACCAGGGCCAACAAGGUAUCACAGUCCCUACACCAACGCCUUCUUCCCCGGCACAGUUGUAUUCUUCCAUACCAACCAUGGAGGACAGCAAGGCAAGCAAUCACUCCCAGCAGGAGGAGACCGUCGACUGCUGCACAAACUCAGAAGAGUAUCAUCAGCCCACAAAAAGCCAUAAAGCAAAAAGAGCCUCUGCUCUUUCCAACCGUGACAAGAGGAUCAUUGAAAAAAUCAGGAGCUACUACGAGGCCGCUGCUGAGUUGGAAGAGGAUGAAUCAGGUGAAGAAGCCAGAGAAAGAGAAGGCGAAUUGUCUUCCAGGAGGGACAGUUUCUCACAGAUCCCCAUUGGUCUAGUGAAAAAAUCAGUGUCACAGUUUGAUCUUAGCGGUUGCCAACAAGGGGACGAGAAGCAGACAACUGAACCAACCCAAACAGAAACUGGCCGUGAAGUAGAGCCUUCUACCUUUCUCCAACCUCUAGACAGUACUGAGGAUCACGAGGCACUCGCUGAUACACCCUUAAUCGUCAUGGAUUUGAAAGAUGAAGAAGAAAACCUUGGUAACAAGUUACCAACUUCCAUCCAGUUGGAAGAAAACGAGACCCAAAAUGAGUCCAUCACCAUCGGGCCUGCUGAAACUGGGAAAGAGAUUGAAGAGGAUAUUGGAAUCAUCUGCAAAGAACUGUCACAUGAAGAACUAAAUGAGGGAGCAGAUAACAGUAAAGAUGAAAGUUUACAGGAAGAAGAUGUAGGCCUAAACACAGGGAACAGCGGAAUAACUGCGGGGGUGCCUUUGGAGCAGAUAGCAAUGACUGAGUCCGAAUAUAACCUAAAAGAACCUGCUGAACCACCGGGAAGUUUGAAAAAAUCCUCUAGACCUCUUUCAGAAACCCCAUCAUGUCAAAAAUAUGCAUCCACUUCGACUAGAACCAAGACAAGUAAAAACCUUGAAGAACUUCCCAGUCAACUUCUAGUUGGACGAGGUUCCCGGCCGUCCAAUAUUGUCACCACGAACCGGGCCUUGUUUGAGGGCAAGUUAUCAGACAUCACAGGAAUUGGGUUAUUUGAGGCUAACCCUGUAGCAGACCCCUCGCUGAUGGAGAACUCUGAGCGUAUCCUCAGCAAAGUCCAAACAUUGGCCCGCAUGUACAGUGCCAAAGCCAGCACCAUGAAGGUUCCAUUGCAUCAAAAACGGGCCAUUUUUCUUCGGAACAAAAUUGGAGAUUUGACUGAACUAUCUGGUGUUUCGACUCAGACCAAAAACCAAGUUUCGUGGGAUUUUAACAACAAAUGUAAAACGCAAAUUAAUAAACAGCCAAAAUGUGUCCAAAUAAGUCCUAGACCGACUGAUGCUGAGCUCAAAACCAAGUUGGACACCAAAACCCAAGCACAAAGACUCUUACAGACCAAAGUUCAGAGUGAUAUCAUCACAUUUCAUACAUCACCAUCCGAUCAUCAGAAUGGGAACAAUUCACAAGUUCUUGCCGGAGUACAGAAUUACACCAAACCUAACAGCAACAAGCAGAACCAUAUCGUGACACAGGAGGAAAAAAGGAGUGUGGAGGAGAAUAUUAGCACACAAGCACAGAACAAAAAGGUCCAGAAGGUGGUGCCCAAUGACCAACUUGUGUUUGUCAAAGACCAGCAAAACACAACAAAUGGAUUCAUCCUGUACCGGCCCAGGGAUUUCAUCUUAGCUCUGAACAAAGACCAAGACCAAUGUACGGAGCAUAGACAUUCUGAGACUUCGAUCCCACUAGACAAAAUGCCACCUAUUUCCCCAAUAAUUUCUUCAUCCAGUGUCAACAUGGCCACCAGUAACACCAUCAGGUCAGAGCCGAGUGGAAGAACUAAUGUUUACGCAGAACACUGUCCAUCUGUAAACAGCAUUGGUCAUGACCACUCUAGUCUGUCUGCUCACUUAGCAGAUGGAAGUAUAUCCAAAGACACAGCUGCUCAUUAUAAGUAUAAACAGGAUUUACCAGCUCAGGAAGAAAACCAUGUUCCAGCAUUCCAGAUCCCUCCAAAGUAUAGUGAGAGCACAACGCAACCAAGCCAAGACAUACACAAUGUUCGCACAGAGUCCGAGUACUUUGUCCGCAAUGGACGCAGGGAUGGAGAGUCAAGCCCACCAGAGUUAUCAUCAACGCACAGCCUGACGCCAUCUCAAUGCCACACUUUAGUUUCGCAAGAACCCAAACAACCUGCAGUUGAUCCUCCGAAAGAAUCUGUAAACAUGCAAGAAGGAGGAUUUGAAGAUCUCUCUGUCUCUGGGCCCUCAAGCAAACAACAUCUCAAAGUGAUUAGUAAGGCCCAGUGUGAUUUAAUGAAUUCAUCACAUACAUUUACAUCUUCCCCAGAACUCAACAUUUCUAGACCAGCAUUCCUGAGACAUCCAGGGGGACCCUGGGGUCCAAGUCCAGUGCCGUUACUGGAAUCAAAUGCUUCCCGGCCACAACCUCCAACAAUGCUGUUUGAUUAUGGUGAAGUUCUCUUCCCAGACUUGACCUGGAAACCAGAAAACAAGUGUCCGGGAUCGCGCAUGUCAACUCCCGUCACACAAUGCUGCUCUCCUUCCCAGGCCUUAUCAGAUGUGUGUGAGACAUCAAAACCAACCAAAGCCACACCAGACCAGGACACAGAUGUCAGAAGGUCCUCUCCUGCCUUCAGGCCAAGCCUCAAACGCACAUCUCCUUCUCCCCUCUCACCAAACCUCACACCAACCUCCUUCCCUGCCAGAGCACCGACUUGUUCCUCACCUUUCAGAGCUAUUCCAUUAUCUUCUCCCACCCUGUGUAACGAAAGCUUUGUUCCUUCGUAUACUGUUUCACAAACUCCCACCUAUUUCCCUGCCCUUCAAUCUUCUGGAAAGAGCUUUUCCAAGCGAACUACUCCUGCCUCCUCUCUGACACCGUCCUCUGCUUUCAGUGGUAGAUCUUCUUCCAUGGAAGCAGGACCUUCUGCUUCCUCUACAAUCUCCUCCUCCCUCCACUCUCUACCUUGCUCCUCUCCCGUUGUGUCUUCCUCCACAUUCACAAGAUCUUUAGCUGCCUCCUGUAUCAGUCAGUCCAUUAGUCAAAGUUUGGCAAAAAAAAACAGUGUCAGACAGCAAGUCCAAGCUUCAAGCACACGAAAUCCCUCCUCCUCACCAUCCCUACCAUCUUCUCACCUACCACGGUGCUCCCCAUCGCCUCGGCUCCCUCCUACCCGGGAAGGUUGCACCACACCAGCGUAUUCCCAUUUGGGGUGCACAAUAAAUGAGAAUCAACAUCCACGAUAUUCUCCAUCUUCUCUGCGAUCCACCUGUCCCUCUCCAUCAUCUGCUCCCUCACCUCUUCACUCUCUCGCUAAAAGUGCUUCUUCUUUUCCACAUAAUAGGCAGGGUCAUCAGACAUCUUUGUCAACCACCUAUGCUCCAUUUCAUCAGUCUCUCAACCACCAAAUGGACUCAUCACAGAAUGUCAACAACAGCAAUAAUGUUAGCUUGCCUGCUUUCAAUACGACACACUUCAACAGUACAAGCGCUAUUUAUGAUCUUAGCAACAGGCAUUGGUCUGCCAGUCCACAGAAGAUGCAGUUAGGUAAUGGCAGCACCAGUAACACCGCUGCACAACAACCCAAUGAUAAUUUGGCGUUUGGGUCGCACAACCGCGUAGCACGUCCUUUUUCUGCAUCCGAGCCAAACUCAAGGGUCCAAUCUCCGUUCCAAUGUGUGAGCCCUGCUUCAUUUAAUGGCCUCUGCUCCCCUCCUCCUCCACACAAUUACUCCUCCCCCAUGGCAAACAGGCCUCCCCAUCCCAGAGGUUCACGGAUGGGAGGUGCAAAUUAUCAUAAUCCAUUAGGUCUAACUUUGGAGAUUCCUGAGAUCUCCACAGCGAGUCAGACUUCCCCACAUUUCAGCCCUCAAAUCCUCUCCCCGCCUCCUAUUGGUGUGUCGGUUUGGACUCGUGAUGUCGCAGUGCCCCAAGCCCGAAAUCCACAAACCACCUCGCCUUCUCUGUUCUUUUCCUGUUCCGGCCAACAAAGCCCAGCAAAUGCCUACUUCCCCACUUCACAUCCUCCUUCUGCCCCUCUGCACAAUUUAACAAGAGCUGCAUCUCCCCCUGGCCCCUUUGCAUUCCCCAAAAAGCCCCCUUCCCUACAAAGGUCUCUCUCCAAUCUGUCAGACAAAUCCACUAGCCCAACACAGAGUAGACAUGGCGGACUGCGAAGUCAUAGGUCUCUCGGCUUCACCGGUAAUUACCAAGAUUUGUUCGACCAGAAGUCUGGUCCAACCAGUCCAAGGAGUGUACGGUCAUCCUAUGACAGUUCACCAUCUGGCUUAAGCCCUCGAGAAGAACUUCAGUCUCCAGUUUCACCCAGAAGGUUUAUCCCCACGGGGGGCAACCUUGGUUGGCAGCAUUUCACCAAUGAACCUUUGCUGGAUGGACAGGAGCUUUGUAACAAGUAUAAUGAAAGUGGCUCCUGCACUUCUUCUCGAACCUCAUUUUCUCAGUCCCUCGGCUGCUCUCUGGCUGUACCAGUCAGUCAAGCUCAAAGGGAAGAUCCAGAGGUGGAAGAGGGGAACUGUCGGAGCCAGCUGAUUUAUGCCUAUGUCGGCGGACCUGCGCAAGACCCAAACUUCUACGUUUCCUCCCUUUCCUCACCUCCAGCUGCCCACCACCAAUCCCAACUCAAAGCACCUCAUCAGGUCCCAGUAGCCAACAUAGGCGCUUCUGUACAGCCAGUAGCUUCCUCUCUGACCAAAGUGUCCAGCCAGAAGACGAGCUACGCCACAACAGUCAACCUCCAGAUUGCAGGGAGUGGUCGAAUAACAUCCUUCAGCACCGCCCACGUGAGUGUGAGCCAACCCUUGCAGGUUGGAUCAGGAUCUGGAGAACUUCAAAUAGGAAGACGAAUCAGCAUUAAUGGACUGUCACAUACGUCUUCUCCUCUUCCUCAGAACUGUAGCCAGCAAUUAUGAAGAGACUUUCCCUCCACCAUGUGUUGAUGAGGCCAAAGUGAACGUUUUCAGUCUCCCAGUGGCCACAUUGGAACAGUGAAAUGUUUGAGGGCUUGCCAAGACCCAAAAGCUGUGUCCAUUCUACUAGACCAGGCCUGGGCAAUUAUUUUGACUUAGGGGCCACAUUUAGAGAAAAAAAUGUGUCUGGGGGCAGGUAUAUCUAUUUUUAGAGACACUAAUACAAAAGCUCACAAUAAUGUCUGAUUGAAUGCUAAAAACGUAUGAAAGACCGCCAUAAAAACGUAAUAUAUUUUUAUUUUUUCUAUGAACGAUAAAACACUGAAUAUUGACAAAAUAUGAAUGUCACACCCGCUUUCGAUCGACAUGUUUUACAAUGAAGUGAAACGCAACAAAAAUGCAACAAACAGCGAAUAUGAACGCGAAGGGUACAAAAUAAACCCACCCACAAUCUGAUAUAUCUGAUAUUUGCUGAAUUCCCCACAGGGAUCAACAAAGUACUUUCUAUUCUAUUCAAUAUAUCACUAAGCUUUAGAACUUUGUUGUGAAAAUCUCCUUCCGCGUCUGUGGAAACGCUUCCCGCCCACACUGCUUGGUGCCUCGUCUGAGCUGCUAUGACGUAGAUGACCAUAGUAACUAACUAGAUGACCAUAGUAACUAAUUAGAUUAUCAUAGUAACUGGUAUAUCAUCCAUAAGCGCAGAUUCCAACCAUUUAAAUAGUUUGUAUAGUUGAAAACUUACGGUCCUUAGAAAACAUGACUGCACAUCAUAAAGGCUGCUACACUUUCCAUCUUAAGCAUCUAAAAAAAUUAUUUGGGAAUGUCCAGCCAGCCAGAUUUAAAAGCUCAACGUGUGGCCCCCGGGCCUUAAUUUGCCCAGGUCUGUACUAGACAAUGAGUCGGGUGAAACAUCCUCUUCAUUGUGGAAAAUGCAAAGACUCUGUUCACGUAAAAAAGCACACAAACUAUGAAUGUUUUUGGAGUAGAUGUGGGCAUCUAAGGGGUGGGGGGUUUACUCCUAGUUUGAUGUCCAGUUUUUAUAUAGAAUGAAAAACAUUUUUUCUUAGAUCUUUAAGUCUUUGAUGUCAGAUCCAGUGAAGGUCCAACAGAUGCAUUAAAUUUGUGUAAACAUUAUUAUUAUUAUUAUUAUUAUUAUUAUUAUUAUUAUAGUUUUGUUUUAUUCCAUAAAAAAUACUUUUGGGGGCUUCUGGGUUGUGAAUUAAUUAACCGAUUGUAUUCCGGUUAUUUUAUUGUUUAUUUAUGAAUGGCACUUAAUAACUUUCAAGUCAAGUUGAUGAUUUGCACAACGUGCUUAGCUCUUUGGUGCAUACUUAAGCCGUAUUAUUUGUGUUGGAAAUGACUCGUCUGGAAAGUUCAGACCAAACCAUGUGUUUGCAACAGCAGAAUGAAUAAAAAGAUUUAUAUUAGAACAUUUAUUCCCGAUUACUGUAAAAGCUUAAGGCUGGUCCGAGCUGCAGUCUAGCCGUGUGCAAGAAUUCCCUCGGUGCUAAAAACCCAGUGUUGUUCAGGUUUUAAGUAAGUCAGUUUUGAGUGAAAGAAAGGAAUGAUGAACACAUUUAAAGGAAUGGCGGCACACUUCUUCCGUUUCAUCGUCGUUGAGAAAAGUGCAUGCGAGUGCAAGUACCAACAAGGAUUGAUAGGAUCUAAUUGCCCUGCCAAGUAUGUGGAUAACCGGGGUAGAAAAGACCUGCAGCAGUGAUUCAUUAACUUUUUGGAUGUCAAAUAUUAGCUGGAAUCUGAUUGCUGUUGGCACACUGAGACAAUGUCAUGUUCAAAAAAAAAAAGGGCAAGAUUGAUGUGACAAUGUGAGUAAGUCCACGAGAUGUAAGACCAAUAAAGAUGUGCUGUGCAAAACACAAA